AUGAAAGUGGGUGAAGUAUUCUUUCCGGAUGAUCAAGAUUUCCGUCAAUUUAAAAAUGAAUGUACAAUUGAUCAAGGAUGGACAAUUUGUUACGACAAAUCAUCAUGUCGUGUAGCUACUAAAAAAAAUUCUUCAUCAUUAUUUGAUGUUCUACGUGUGCAAUCGGAAUUUAAUGGUAUAUCAAGUGAAUUACUUUAUGAUGUUAUACAUGAUGGUCAAUUUCGUUCACAAUGGGAUACAGCGAUGUUAGAAGGUUAUGAAAUUUGUUCUGUUUCACCAAAUAGUGAUAUCGGCUAUUAUUCAAUUAAAAGUCCAACGCCAUUUAAAAAUCGUGAUUUUGUAACACAACGUUGUUGGUUAGAUUUUGGACAAAACAGUGAAAAAUACAUUCUUAAUCAUUCCGUUAAUCAUCUUCGUGAACAACCGCGUAAGAAUUGCGUACGUGGAAUAUCAUAUUUAACAGGUUAUUUAAUCGUACCAUCAGGACCUUCAUCAUGUAUGUUUUAUUAUAUGACACAAUCUGAUCCUGGAGGUAGUUUACCUGCUUGGCUUGUGAAUAAAGUUUCCAAAGUACUCGUACCUAAAUUAAUAAAAAAGUUAGCUAAAGCUUGCACAAAAUACGAUAAAUGGAAAGCAAAAAAUCAGCCUUCCUAUAAACCAUGGUUAUAUCCUGAACAAAUGACUCUUGGUCGUUAUAAUCCAACUGAAAUAGGAUCAUUUGAUGUGAAUGAAACCUUAAUAGCAUCGGCUAAUACUGGUGAAGCAACUGUAGGUGAAAAUACAGUUGAAAUUGAUAACUAUGUGAAAGACGACUAA